AUGUACAGGCAGCCAAAGACUAUGCUCGACUGCUUAUCAAAUACAAUGAAACGGCAAAAGAAGACCUCUUACUGAUUAUGCGUGUUUACUUUGAAAAGCCAAGGACUACUGUUGGAUGGAAAGGAUUGAUUAAUGAUCCCUAUUUAAAUGGCAGCUAUGAGAUUAACAAAGGUUUGCGUAUUGCAAGACAACUUUUGCUGGAGAUAAAUGAAAUGGGCAUACCUGCUGGGUGUGAGUUUUUAGAUACAAUUUCUCCACAAUACACUGGAGAUCUUGUCUCGUGGGGUGCUAUUGGUGCGAGAACAACAGAAUCACAGCUGCAUCGUGAACUUGCUUCUGGUUUAUCCUGCCCUAUCGGUUUUAAAAACGGUACGGAUGGUACGAAUACUGUUGCGUAUGACGCUAUCAAAGCAGCGAGCAAAGGACACCAUUAUCUAUCUGUUACCAAGCAAGGAUUAUCUGCUAUUACCCAAACGAAAGGCAACGAUUCUUGCCACGUUAUCCUUCGCGGGGGUAAAUGCGGCACAAACUUUGAUCGUGAAUCAGUCAAGAGAACAGCUCAGGAACUACAAAAAGCCAAGCUGAACACGUCCAUUAUGAUUGAUUGCAGUCAUGGUAACUCUAACAAGGAUCAUAAGAGGCAACCUGUGGUAGCCCAGUCCAUUGCUGAACAAUUAGCUGAUCCUACUGUUACCGGGGACUAUAUCAUGGGUGUGAUGAUUGAAUCGAAUCUUGUAGAAGGCCGACAAGACAUCCCGAGCGAAGGCCCCCAUCGUCUUGAAUAUGGUAAAUCAAUCACUGAUGCCUGCAUUCACUGGGAAGAUACAGUGGCUACUUUGGAUAGGUUAAGAGAAGGUGUUCAAGCGAGACGUGCUGCUCGGAAAGGACUUUCAGGAAAGAAACAAGACAUGUAACUUGUUUAUCAGCAUCGUUGUAGACAAUAGCCAUAGGUGCGUACCCCUCCCCACUACUUGAUCCUCUUUUUUUUCAACUCUUUCAUUGACGCCGACAACCGCCCCACCAUUACAGUUUAAUAUCCUAUUUUUCUAUCUAUCACUUUUUACUUUUAGUAUCUAACGUCUGUUCAGGUAUCUCUUAUCUUUCUCUAUCAAUAAAAAAAGAAAAAAAAAG